UUUGACUAGGAAUUGUGUAACUUUGUGAAUUAAUAUGAGAGAUUAUUGGGGUUUUUGAUUGAGUUAGUUUAUUCAAAUGUUUUUUUAAAUGAAAUGAAUUGUCACUCAAUCAAUGAAUUAGUCUCCUUUGAUGUUCGGGUAGAGAAUGCAAUCAGUGAACAAUGAGUAAUAUGCUGAUAUGCAUUAUCCUUUUUUUUGGGUCUUUGUUGGUUUUCUUCCUGUGAGUUGCUUCUGCAAUCAGGGAAGAACGAGCAAUAUGUCGAUAUGUGACUUCGUAUCUUUAUAUCGUAGUAGUAUCUGCUGGGAUCAUAGUCCUUUCCUCUUGCUCUUCAGUUCAUUGCCACCUCCAAAACUCUUAAGCCAUUGUGUUAGAAGAAGGAAUUAAGCUGAUACUCAGCACAUUCGAAUGCAGUUACACGUGUUUUCGAUCAAAUUUGAUCAAUAACCACCAUUGUUUUCAAUCAAAUUUGAUCAAUGCUUAAUCACCAUUGUUUUCGAUCAAAUUUGAUCAAUGCUUUAACCUUGAUUGUUUACGCCAUUCUUCCACCAAUUGCAUUGAAGAUUUUAUAUCGCUGAAUGGAAAUUCCCAUUUGAACCGUCUAAACUUUUGUGAGUGGUCCUGCUUCUAAAGGGGAAAGAGGAAAACAGAAUUUUGAGCUAUGGAUUAGUUUUUGUGAAGCUUGUUAUGUGAUAAGAGAGUGAGCUUGUGCUAAUGCCAAAAUGGUUAUGAGAUCACGCAUUCUUUGAACUAAAACUAGAGAAGGAGAUGAUAUUGACUCUCUUGAGAUGCUUUUUAAACUCCAUCUGUCAUAAAAUUUUUAUAGAGUCAAUUUUUGUUUGCUUUAAGUUUUCUUGGGGAGAGUUCAUAGUCUCUUUUCAGAAUUCAUAUCUCAUCACGGGCAAUGUUUGAUAACAAAAUUUUAUGCUUAAACAGAUGCACCCCUCUUUGGCGUAAUGGGCCUCCUGAGAAGCCAGUACUCUGCAAUGCAUGUGGUUCGCGGUGGAGGACAAAGGGAACUCUGGCAAACUAUACACCUCUACACGCUAGGGCAGAACCUGAUGAGUUAGAGGAUUUGAGGUUGCCUAGGGUGAAAACUAUUUCUAUUAAGAACAAAGAGCUAAAGGUACUGAAGCGGAAACACAGUAUUGAGGUAGCUGAAUUUGUAGAGGUUCCUCCUGACCAUUACCAGGGUUUGCAAAAAGUUUAUGAUGAAGAUACAAGCAAUAGAUCAAGUUCUGGUUCUGCCAUAUCCAACUCAGAGAAAUACGCUCAAUAUGGCAUUGCUGAUACAAGUGAUUUGACAAGUCCCCCCCAACCCACUGCAUGGGAUUCAAUUGUUCCUUCCAGAAAGAGAACCUGUGUUGCAAGGCCAAAACCUUCUCCAGUUGAGGUUCUUACCAAAGAUCUGUAUACAUUAUGGUAUGAGCAACAGUCAUCAUGCUUGUCUGGAUCUUCAGAAGAAGACUUGCUUCUUGAGAGCGAUAAACCAAUGAUAUCUGUUGAGAUUGGACAUGGAAGUGUACUUAUUCGGCACCCAAGUUCAUUUAUUAGAGAAGAAGAGUCAGAAGCUAGCUCCCUUUCAGUUGAUAACAAGCAGUAUACCCUAACAUCACGGGAUAUGAGUUUUCGUGGUCGAGUUGAAGACACAGGUGCCUACUCAUCGAGUAAAGUUAAUGAGAAACUUAAGAAGAAUGCUUAUCCUGGGGUUGUACAGGAACAUAUGAGAAGAGACAAGGACCAGGUUGUAAAAUUACCGAUUCUUGCACAUAAUAAUUCUCCACUAUGUUACAUAAAUCUACAAGACAUUGUUAAUUUCGAAUUGUUUUCAACUCAUUUGACAAAUGAUGAACAAAAACAGUUGAUGAGCCUAUUACCUUCUGUCGAUGCUUCGGAUGCUCCAUACAGCCUUAAAAGCAUGUUCGAUAGCGCUGAGUUCAACCUGAAUCUAUCAUCCUUCCAAAAACUUAUUGCUGAGGGAGUUUUUGAUAACUCGUAUGGUGGGUUCAAUACGGAUGAUUGCAGAAUUUUGAAGAAACUUGUCUUAUGCGAUUUAGCUAAAUCAAAGUGGGUUGAACAACAUACAGCUUUUAAGGAUCUGAAGCGCAAAAAUACCAUCAACUCAGAAGUGACAGGAGGAUACAAUGGCUUUGAAAUUGUCAAUGCAGCUCACUUAGAACUAUCACGAGAGGGACAGCACAAAAAAACUACAGGAUCGAAAGUUAUGAUGAAGAGUCCCCGGAGAAUUCUGAUGAAGUCAAGCUAUGGUAAAAAAGAAAUCCUAGAUAGAGAUGAGUCUUUCGUGAGUGCUAAGAGUUUAUUUUCAAUCCAAAACGACAAUGGUUCCUCAGUGCUGGACACAUCCCACUUCGAAGGGGAGAACUCCGACCAGGACUUGCUGCUAGAUGUACCAUCCAAUGGCUCCUUUCCACAGGCAGAACUCCUCCCAAGUUCGAGUUUUGGCGCCAUGGCUAGCACUAGUAGCAGCUCAGCGUACCCGAAACUUAUCCACCCGUGAUGUUACUUGCAUACGUAUGUGCUACUUAUUUCGUAUACGAGGGGGGAGGGGUGGUUUCUAGACAUUGGUUUCAACCUGUGGUUGUGUUCUUCAUUUCUUUGCAAAGAAAUAGGAGUUUCUGUUCAAUUUGAGGUUGGAUGGAUGUAUACCUUGUUCCCCACAUGAGACAUGCUGUUGGAAUUGAAAAAGGGAUGGGUUUAUUUGCAUUUUGGAUUAUGUACAGACUAACAAAAGAUUGUGUUAUGUAGCACAAAAAAGGAAAAAGAAGAAUGGAGAAUAUAUUAUUCAUA